AUGGAGAGGGUUAUUAUGAAACAGACAAAGUCAUCAAAGCAAAGAGCGAAAGAACAUAGAGAAAGGAAGAAGCAAUAUAUUCAGAUUUUGGAAGAUAAGGUGAAAAAUCUUGAGAAAGAAAACCUUAGUUUGAAGCAACAAUUGAAGCAACAGAAGAACAAAGAGGAGCAAACCAAAGAAGAAGACAAGAAUGCCACUUCGUCGAAGAUAGCUGGUCAGUCUUGUAUUUACAAAUACAAUUCAUCUUUGCAAGAGUAUGAAGACUACUACUUCAAUACAUUAGCAAAGAAGAUACUUCUAGACCCGACCCAAGUCAGAUACUCAGAAAUCGAACAAGCCGCAGAGAAAAUUUGUGAUUAUGGUGACAAAAGAAGAGAAUAUCUUAAGAACACAUUCAAAGACUUCCUUGAUAACAUUAUGAACCCUGAAAUGAAGACGAUUGCAGCUGCGUGCAAAUAACUUAAGUCUCAGUGAAGCCAAGAGAAGAUCUAAGCUUAAGAAGAGAACAAGGAAGUAUCUGAAAAAACUGGAUGCACCAAACCCUACAGAUUUCUUGUUCUCAGGUAGUUUCCGUCCGAAGGUAUCAGAUUUCUUCGAAAACAGCGGCAAGAAGAUUCUGCGCUAUUUCAAAUCCAUGAAGCAACUGAUCAAUAAGCUGGUUGAAAUCAGAAACCAAAUCUUCAACUUACAAACAGAAAGCAAAGAAUUUUUAGAGUCGCCAGAAAUCAUGACAUAUACAAAGGAAGAUGCGUCGAGUAUUUUUAAGUUGUAUUUUGAGUUAUAAAAGAUACAAAGAUGAUCACUUCACAUCACUUGUGGGACAUCCCAAUCAAGGAGCAUAGCGAAGAGAAGUAUGAGGAAGGAGAGUUGACAGAGUAAAAACUUACUUCAAGGAAUUUCAAUAAGAUUAAUUCUGAGGAUACACAAAAUCAAAUUAUU